CUCAAGUCUUGCACAUUUCAACUUGUUUAGUGCUCACUUCCAUGGACGGCAACAAAAUUGGACUAUUUGGUAUGCUGUGGCUGAUGAGCAGGUAGCAGGAUUUUCAAUCGAUGACUCGGAGGAGACAGUUAGUUAAACUACCUUUGGAUACGACCCGACGUGCUGCGUGCACCUCUAUUGCACAGAGAUCAACUUUGUAUGCUUCGACUUUGAAAAGGAAUCAAGCUUGCGAUCCUGGUCGUCUUUGGCGAAGUAGGCCUCACCGUCGACGGCCGCUGCGGAAGGAGUGAAGGAGGAAAAUGUAGGGGUCGUAUUCUGGGGGAUGCGAGUCAGUGGCGAGGAGAAGCUGGUGAGUACAUGUCCUUCUGUCUCGUACUGUUGAAUCUUCUGGAAUUAGGAAGUCGGAUAUGUAGAAUGAGCCUUUUGCGAGCUAAUGCGGGGUACAUGUUUGUGAAAGCACGGGAAGUUAUUGCAUAUAACGUCCGCUCCUUGGAUUACAUGUCAAUACAGCCAUCGAAAAGUGCUAUGAAUCAGCACCCACUACACACGACCCUUCCCCCGCACAGGUAGAAGGGCUCAGAUGGUUAUCUCUCGCACCAUCUACAACAUCUACCCCCCUGAGAACGAGCGACAAGAAGUUACCCUCCCUACUGAAAUCUGUCGUCUAUAUUGUCAUCGAGUGCAGUGUAUUGUCGACCAAAUUCGGGGAAAUAAACAUGUCGUUAACCAAGUAAGGAUGCGUGCAUCCUA